CCUCGGGAAGGAUUGCUGAAUUUCGAUUUUGAUUGGUUUUCGAUUUUCCAAAACAAUGCGCAAGAGACAAAUUGAUACGCUAAAGAUAUUCAACCACAACGUGCAGGAGGUGGUAGAAAAUGAAGAAUAUCUGGUGAACUUCAACUGCGGUGGUCGCGAAAUCGCUAUCAACAUUCAUCUCGGACAGGCGUUUCCGAACGAAAAACCGAAGCUUAUCGUCAGUCCCAUCCUGCGACACCACUGGGUUAAUCCAAGCACCGGUGAAAUCGAAAAAGCACCCGGAAUUCUCAACUACACAAUCCACUCGGAUCUGGGUCGAAUAGUGCAAGCGGUCGGUAGGGAGUUCGAGAAACACCCGCCCAUGGUGGUUAACGAGACGCCCUCCACACCCCAACAUCAGCACCAUGGCCAUCGUCAUCAUCUGCCACGCAACGGGAAUGAGCGAGCGAGUGAAGCGCGAAACAUUGUCUCACCGCAGACCCACGAGCAGCAGGAUGAGUUUGGACUGCAGAACCUCACCAUGGAGGAGCUGGUCCGCUUGGACACCGAUGAAGACGUGCGGGAGGAGUUCAUAGAAAAGCUUCCCUUCGUACAGCAGCAGAACGAGGAAAUGGAGCAGUUGAUGAACCGGAUCGAAUCGCUGGCACUCGACAAUGUGGCACGCCGAGAGGCACUGGAAGAACGCAAACGGAAGCUGGAAGCGCUGGCGCUGGAGUUUAAGCAGCUAGGGCAACACUGGGAUACCACCAGCCAACGGUAUCAGCGAAAGGCCGAGGACUUUUCACCGCAGCACAUCAAGGAACUGUUGCAAAUAGCCGUCUCGACGGCCGAUGGCAAGAGUGACGACGAAGCGCAACGUUUUCUGUGCGGCGACAGCGAUGUGGCCUCGUUUUUGCAGAACUUUAUCGAAACGCGCAAGCUGUACACCAUGCGCAAGGCGAAGGAGGAGCGACUGGUGCAACAGCUGAACGCCCUCGAGCGUGCUGCCUUCUGAGGAUGAUAGGGGCUAGAGCUUGAACCAAAAUUCCUUUCUCUUGUGAUAAACUCAACCUGAAUGGCGCUUACUCUUAAUUUCGCAAUAAAAACAACCGAAAUAUCCCCCA